ACUCCUAAGUUUAACUUUACAAUAUUGCUCGAUUUCAUUACCUGUAAUAACUUCUUAUUCAGGCUAUUUUCAGUGAUCGGGGGAAUUAAUUUUUCCUCUGAGAUGCAGUCCUAAAUGCACAUGAGCAGGUGCACAGGCGACAUACACCCUCAGCCUUCGUAUUCACUCUGAGUAGGAAGGAACUGUGGAAAUAUAAUUCCUGCGUCCAGAUCAUUGCUGCACACAUACUCUCAAACAUCCUGGUGUGGUUGUCUGAUUCUAAAAAUAGUGUUUGUACCCAGACAGGUGACCUGAAAAACACAUGGCCUCCGUUUCACAGGACGUCAUAGCUGUGGACUCUUAAAUAACUCCUGGCAUCAAAGUUAAAAAUAAUCGCUUUGCCCUGAUAGCCUUCACUCACUUGCAGGAAUGUUUUUACUUACCUGUUGGCUCUUGCUCUGUUCACGAGACACUCAUGUGGAAUGUGCCUACUUACAUUUUUCAACCCCCUUAUUUAUGGGCGUUCCAACCUCACUGCUGUAUGAUCAGAGGCUGUGAAGCUGCAGCUGUCAGGAUUAGUUCUCUGUGAGGACUCGCUGCCAGUGUGUACAGUAGUAAACUGCGUGCUUUUGUGCUCGCCUUUCAGGCACCAUCAGAGGUCUCAUCAGCAAAGCAAAAGUUGUGGAUGAUACUUUUUAACCGUCUAGAAACUCAGCUAACUCAUAUAUAUAGUUUUCAAGAAAUGAUCAAGAAAGCAUCAAUGUAUAGCCAUCCCUUAGUUCAUCGCUUAAUGGAUCUCAAAGCUCAAAAAGAGAACAGAGAAGCCGAUGAUGACAGGAAAGUGGUUGCAGAGAUCAUGCAGAGGUGUUUUGUUCCAACUUUAGUAACAGCCAUCUCCUGGGAGGGAUUUCAUUUCGUUGGUCAUGAGAUUCGGAUUACUGAAGCCAUGGAUUGUUACGGUGCUGUUGUUUGGCCAUCGGCCCUUGUUCUAUGCUAUUUUCUGGAAACAAAUGUAAAGCAGUAUAACAUGGUUGACAAAAAUGUGAUUGAAAUUGGAGCUGGAACAGGGUUAGUCUCCAUCGUGGCAAGUUUACUUGGUGCACACGUGACUGCCACAGAUUUACCUGAGUUACUCGGAAACCUGCAAUAUAAUAUUUCCCAAAACACCAAAAUGAAAUGUAAGCAUUUGCCUCAGGUUAAAGAGCUCUCCUGGGGUGUAGCUUUAGACAAGAACUUUCCCAAGGCUUCCAGCAACUUUGACUACAUCCUGGCGGCCGAUGUUGUCUAUGCUCAUCCAUUUCUGGAAGAACUCCUCAUUACUUUUGACCAUCUGUGCAAAGAAACCACCGUCAUCCUCUGGGUCAUGAAAUUCAGGUUGGAGAAGGAAAAUAAAUUUGUAGAUAGAUUUAAGGAGUUGUUUAACCUGGAGGAGAUUUCCAGUUUCCCUAGCCUGAAUAUUAAGUUGUAUAAAGCUAUGAAGAAAAAUUGGAGGAGUGCAUGAUAUCCUCAGAGGAGGACUUGGAAAGGGAAGGCAAUUUCUAGUGAUUAUUAUUGCUUUAACAAAAAACCUGGAUGAUCUGAUAUAGCUGACUUUUCCAAGGGGACACACACACACACACACACGUGCACACGCACCUUGCCCCAGACAGGGAUUUUCCCAGAUAUAGCACACAGGUGUAUAGGAUGGCAAAGCCAUUCUGUGUGGUAAUUGGUUAGGACAAUGUCUGCUUUCCUUAUCUUUCUAUAGUACUAUUUAUAAUUAUUAUCAUCUUAAUAAAUGGUGCAAUUAUUGUUAAUGUAUAACUGUAGAAUGAUGGUUUUUAAUAAUAGUAUGUCUAAAAUGUUUUAAACAUAAGCUUAUGUGAUUCUCUCUUUAGAAAUAAUGAAAUGGACUAUAGUGGGCUCUACAAAUAAAUCUGACUAGGCAGAUAGAGAAGGUAAUGGUCAAUGUUAGAUUAUUGUGGCUUCAUUAGUGCCAGCUUAUUGGUGGUCUGUCUUCUCUGCUUGGCAGGGUGGGUCUCCAGCACACCCUCUGAAAUCAGUCAAGCUGGUGGAUUCGAGGUUACAGGCAAGGACAUUUCACUCCAGUAAAUGAAAAAUGAAUGGAAGAAAACAUAAAAUCAGUUGAGAUUUUGGAGGAGCCAUUGUUUUAUUUUUAGGCCAAGUACAGUUAUUCUGCAUCACAGAAAGAGAAAUAAAUAUAAAAACUUUUCGUGUGUAUAAAAAUACACAUGAAAAGAUUUCAGUCUCUAAUCUCAAAUAACCAGACAUAUGGCUGGUUUUAAAGUUUAAAGCUCUUCUGAUAAACAUAUAGAGACCUAGAUAUUUGAAAUCCUAUGUGCUUUUUUUUUUUUCACAAGGACCUUAGAGAUUAGAAUAAAGUCUGAAGUAAGUAAAGUCAGUGCAAGAAGAGCAAAAUAUUAGGAUUUUGUACCACAUAAGAAGACUAGCGGUUGGUAACUCUUCCGGGUUCUCGGUGAUGUUGGCUAGGCAGGCUCUGUGCCCUCGGGGUGGUCCUUGCCCAGCCCUUUCUGCUUUGCUGGAAGUUCUCAGUCUACUCAGGGUUGAACAGAGCUGAAAAGUUUAUUUCCUAGGACUCUGACCUUAAGCCAGGAUGCAAAUGUACUCUCAGUGGGUUUUUUGGUAUGCACGGUUCCUGGGGUCAUCUCUCAAUAAUUACCAGUAUUUAUACGCCCCUUUAUAGUUUUCACAGCCUGCUGUGUACAUAAAGUCAACUAAUCCUCACAACCAUUCUAAGAGUCUAUGUAAUAUCAGUAUCCCCACUGCAUAGGUAAAGGAGCCGAGGCCACCAGGGGUGGAGCCACACAGCUGCAGAGUGGCAGCGCUAGGCACUCAGGCCCAGGUCUGAGUCCAGAGCCUGUGUUUUUUUUUUUUUUUUUUAACCAUUGCUCUGCCUUUAUAUAUUUAAAACAGUAAUUUUCCAACUCUUUUGUAAGUGAGUGAAGUCAUUUCUUUCAAGUGAAAUCAGUACCUGGAAAGGUAAGCAAAUGCAUCAGGAGAAGAUGAGAAUCUUUUUCUCUGGUGUCAGGGAGGCUCAUUUAGAAGGUGACAUUUAAGCAAAGCUGGAAGGAGGUGAGGGAAGCAGCAGUGCAGGUAUCUGGGGAGGUGUGUCCCAGGCAGAAGGAACAUCUCUGCCAGGACCUUAAAGCCGGAGCCCACCGGUCCUCAGGAGGAAACAUCGGAGGCCAGUGAGCUCGGAGCAGGGCGAGCGGGGAGGCUAGGAAGCUUCAGUAUCGGCGGCGGGACGGGGCCUUCGUGGCAGGCUGGGUUCUCCGGGAGCAGGCCAGGAGGCGGCAUUUGAUGUGCAGGCCAUUUUUAGGGAGUGUCGUGGGGAUCAAGACCUGUGGAAGGGGCAGAAGGAAGCGGGGCAAGGUGGAGCUGCCGUGCACGGCCUCAGCCGACCCACCCCCAUGGGGCUGUGGACCUGGGGGCGGGGAUGGGGGGCGCUGAGACUGCUGAGCCUUGAUAACCCGUGUCGCACAGUCACCGGACGCAAGUGGCCCGGGAAGGCUGUGACCUUGGGCGAGGUGACUUACGCCGGGGGGUCGGGUGAGGCGAUGCCCGCGGACGUGGACAGCCCAGGGCCGCCGGCCAGCAGCGCUGCCCGCGUGGAGGCGAUGAGUCCUCCUGAGGGGUCUGAGCAGCACAUCAGGGCAGCCGCAACCUCAAGGCCAUUGCGAGGACCUUGGCUCUUCCUCCGGUGAAGCGGAGGAUCGCGGGAUGGUUUGGAGUGGAGGAGUGAAGCAGUUACCCCUCCGUGUAAGGACCACUCCGGCUGAUGUUCCUAGGAUACUACGCAGGGCGGAGGGACCAGCGGGGAGGCUGUGGUGGGGAUGGCAGCCCGGGCCCCCGCGGGGACUGUGCCUGGAGGUGGCGAGAAGGGGUCGUUUCUAGAAGAGUCUGGAAGCUAAUGCCCACCGACCUUCUCUCCAUGUUGAGUAUGAGUGUGAGGCUGACUCGGGAGUGUUUGGUCCGAGCUGCUGGACAUCACAGAACAAAGAACAUCAGAGUCAUCGGCUGAGAGGUCGUUUGCACAGCUCACGCGGGGAGCAAAAGAGUGAACAGGAGCUGGAACGAGGACUGAGCCCCCAGGUGGCCGCGCUGAGGUCAGACACAGCUAGACCCGAGAAACUGGGAAACAUCCCCAGCUUGGAGUCUGCAGUUUACCCCUUUCCACUGACAUCAUGUGAAGUCUGUCAGUCAGUCCUCGUGACACUCAGGGGGCCUUCUGAACCCCUCACCUGAGGGAAUCUACCAGUUAUUCACUGGAUGGAAGUGGGCAGGUUUCUAUCCCAAGCCCAGACCCAGGUCCACCAGGCUAAAAAUGGAGAAAGAGCAGUGAACCUUUCAUUUCCUGUGAAGGUUAAUCGAGAAUCUCUCUGCGAACAUUCACUCAUUCAAACUUCCAGAAGGACACCCAGGAAGUGAACAGGAACAAAGGGACACUGACCCAGCCAACCGAAUUGGAUCUCGCUUUGAUGUGGGAAGACCCAAAAGCAUCCCCAAAGUAAGAGUCAACUAGUCAUGUCUGGAGUAAAAAUUCAUUGCUCCAGCUCCGCCUAGCAAAGCAGCAGGAGCUCUUUAUGCCCAGGGAGAUAAAUUUUUAACAGACUUGCUAUAAUGUGUCAAAGUUUCCUGAAUAAAGUUGAGUGAGUAAGCAUCGCUUUUAAAAUCUUUCAAUUUGAUGGACAAGAAAAUAUCAGUGUAGCAAAGUAGGUCUCCUUAUAUCAUUGCAAUUAGCCACAUUAUUGCAAGUGGAAAAAUACUCUCAAAAGGGGAUUGGUGGCCCUGGUGUAAUAUUUUUAAAUGAAUGUAAAAAGAGCUGCUUUGUAUUAGCCAGGAGAAAGUUGAGAGUUUUCUGAUUUGACCGUUACACCGCUGAAAAGGGCAGUUCGUUUCAUAUAUAUAUUUUAGCCAGAACUAGCUUUAACAAUUGCCAACUGCCAGUUAUAAAUAGCUUUCCUCUUUGAAACAAAGCUUCAUCUUUCAAACUGCUACUAUCUUAAGCAAAGAAAAAAAAAUAUCAUGAACUUCUUUCGGCACAUACCAGCUGUUCCAGAUGUUAUGAUUACACAUGUGGACCACGUUCUGAACUAAAAAUACAUACAGGAGAUUGACUUCGAACCUUUUUAGUAAAGCAACAUCAUAAAUUAUCUUGGUUACCCCUUAGUUAUGUUCUAGAAGUGUUUGUAAGUGGUUUGUAAGGGGAGGAAUAACUUCAGGCUCAUUUUGUCCCCCCCAUGAAACCUACUAUGAUUAAUACUAAAUUUCACUAAUAAAAUUAUAGCCUUAUAAGAUUAUGACAUUAGAGCCUAGUCCAGACUUUGUUUUACUUACAGUGAAAAAUAAUAAAAGAUCCUAUUGCUCUCUAUUUGUAAAAAAAAAAAAAAGAAAGAAAGAAAAUAACUAAAUUGAAUAACAGAUGUUUUUAAAUGUAGGACUGGAAAGAGUUUGAUUUGAGAAGUUAGAAGACUUUGGGGGAUUUUUCUGGGAAGAUGUGGGUGUUUUCAGAGGCUACAGGAUCAAACAGUUCCGAAUCUGGUCACCAGAUGGCCUUAUGAGACCAGAGCUUUGUGUGUGGACACUGGUGGUGAUGGUAAAGUAGUGGUGGCAGUGACAGCAGUUUCAGGGUAGAUUGGGGGUCAGGAAAAAAGGAUGCAACUGCCCAGCUUUCAUUUUUUUGUUGUUGUUUGUUUUUUUGUUUUGUUUUGUUUUGUUGCAUCUGCUCAAACAGUUCUCCAUCUCAAGCAUCAAUCGGUAUGUGGUAUUUUGGAAAUGGAACUCAGAUGAUAUUUUCUUGUUCAAAACUCUCCAAUGGCUUCCCAGCACUGGUGACAUAAACUCCGGAUUCCUUACCCUGGUUUACAGAGCCCUGCAUAAUAUGGCCCAUGUCUACUUCCCUGACCUUGUCUUAGACCAUCGUCCCCUAAUGUGGCUGCAUUCUAGACACACUAGCCUUUGUGAUUUUUGAAAGAGCAAAGCCUGCUCCCUAAAAGCCUUUGCAUUCAUUGUCGCAUUUGCCUGGAUGCUUUGAUUUGUCUUUUCAAAUGGCUGGUCCUCUCUUAUCCUUCAGAUCUCAGCUCAGUGUUACUAUAGCGUAAGUCCAUUCAGAUCUAAAGUAUUAACCCAACUACUUCCCAGUGCAUCACUUUAGUUUAAUUCUCUGACUAAGCCUUAAUCAUUAUCUAUUUCCUUCCUUCCUCCCCUUUUGCUUCCUAUGUAUCUAUCUAUCAAUCAAUUAUCUAAUAAAUGCUCUAUCUAGUGUCAGAUCCUCCCCACUGGAAUGCAAACCCCAUGGGAGCAGGCGCUUUGUAUCAUUCAUUGUCAUUUAUCGCAUCACUAGAACAGUGGUCGUUCUUGUAUAGAGAAUGAAUGAAUGAAUGUUUGAGGUAUUUAUAAGUUAGGCAUUUGUAGCCCGAGGAGUACUAGUAUUUGGAUAAUUCUUUAUAGCAAGGUUUGCCAUAACUGAUUUAACUUUCAGUUUUUUCAUCUACUUUUUUGUUUUUUUCAUCAGAUGUUCACUGAGCACCAACAAGUAGCAGGCAUUGUGGUAGGUACUAGAGAGAAUCCAGAGCUGAGCACUGGUAACAGAAGUGAUGUUUUUAGAGCUGAGUCUCUAUGCUAAGGGCUAUGGACAUAUGACCUCAUUUAACACUUGCAGCAAUACUCCGAAACAGGAAUUAGUCCCUAAUUCCAUUUUACAGACUAGGAAACUGAAUUUAGUUAGGUAAUUUACCCAAGAUUUCAUGCCUAUUCAGUUGUGGAACUGAGACUCAAAGCUGGUAGAAAACAGUUCUUCCUGAAGGAGUCAGCAAGGAAGACAAACAACGGGCUUCGGCUCCAAGCAGGCCAGAUACUUCUGAUAGAAGUAUCAGACAGUGACUACAGCACAAUUAAAUGCAUAAGUUAUCAAAAUGAGAACAAGACUAUCAGAGUAGCCCAGAUGUAUCUGACAGAGAACAAAAUAGAAUUUCUAGAAAUUAAAAAAAAAAGAUUUUGAAAUAAAAUUCUCAGAGGGUAAGAUAAAGUCCAGAUAGAGCUACAGUUUUAGUGAACAGAUGAAGAGAGAAUUAGUGAACUGGAAGAUUGAUCUAAAAAAAAUUGUCAAGAAUACAGUACAGAAAGAUUGAGAUAGAAAUAUAACAAAGAGAAGUUUAGAGAUGUGGACAAUAGAAUUAGAAGGUCCAACAUAUUUCUAGUAGAAGUUCCAGAGUGAAAGAAGAGAAGGAGGGGAAAGCGAAAUACUGGAAGACUUAGUGACUGAAGCUUUGAAAAAAUUGAUUAUAGGCAUAUGUCUUCAGAUUAGGAAAUUCAGUGUAUCCUGAGUUGAAUAAAUAAGCCCACACCUAAACACAUCCUGAUGAAACUUCAAAACACCGAAGGCACACAGAUCUUAAAAGCAACCAGAGAAAAAGAUAUAGCUCAGCUACAAAAGAAUAACUGUUAAACUAACAUAAAACUUAUCGUCAGCAAAAAUAGAUGCUAGAAUGUAAUGGAAUAAUAUUUUCAAAGUGCCAAGGGAAAGCAAUAGUUAGUAAAAAUUCUAUACUCAGUUAAACUAUAUCUCAAGAGGCAGGGCAAAAUAAAGAGGUUUAGAGAUAAAGAAAGCCUGAGUAGUUUUCCACCAACAAAACUCCUGAUUAAAAACAUCAGUAUAAAUUUACUUUGGGAAAAAGAAGAUUGAACCCAGAAGAAAGGCAUGAGAUGUAAGAAAGAACGGCAAUCAUGUGGGUAAGUAGGAGGAGGACAAGAAAAAUAGCCAUGAAUUUGAAGGGUGGUAAAGUCAGGAUGCAUAGUUGUGUAAGAUGGGAAGGGGGUGUCUGAACUUAAAUUAUUCUAAGAUCAUCUAAGGUUAGAUAUACUGAUUAUCUUUGGACCUUAAUUAUGCAUUUGAUUAUGCUAAGGUAAAUCCUGAAAUUUCAGGGUGAUUGUCCUUGUAGUGAUGACUCAGCAAUCCAGGUUUCUUCCAGUCUGGGACACCACUGCCUUUAGCCACGUGUCAUUCAACUGGUGGUUGAAUGACAGGAUUUGCUGCUUAACUGAAUAUGGGGGUUGAAGGAGGGGGAAGUGGAAUGGAAAGUGAUGAAAGCCCAGGUGGACAGGGAUGCUAUGGAUGGUGAGAAUGAAAAGGAGAGAGGAGGGAGUUUGGGCUGAGGGGAGGGUGGUGAGUUCCAAUGGGCUCUCUUGAAUUGAAAGUGCGUUUCCAGUAGGAGGCUGAACUUCAGCUCCCUGUGCUUGUUUCCUGUGAGUAAUAUUCUGGAGCAUCUGGCGUUCCAUAUAUACUGGUUCAAUAAUAACAUUGCUGCAGAUUCACCCAUGUUUAAUAGAUAUUUGU